UUCCGGCCCAAAAACACCCCAUGGGCUGGGUCGGGAAUUCCUCCUGCGUCCAUCAUCUCAGCUUCCUUGUCCCUCUUCACGCUUUGCUUGUUUCCGCCGCUCCUUCCCGGUCGUGACUUCGCCGCCGGGAGAGAUGGGGUUCGUCGGCGACACGCUGGAGUCCAUCCGCUCGAUGCAGGUCCGCCACGUGCUCUCGCAGAUCAUCAGCCUCGGCAUGCUUGUUACCUCAGCAUUGAUCAUAUGGAAGGGAUUGAUAGUUGUGACAGGGAGCGACUCCCCAGUGGUAGUGGUUCUUUCUGGUAGCAUGGAGCCUGGAUUUAAGAGGGGUGAUAUCCUGUUUUUGCACAUGAGCAAAGACCCUAUCCGCACAGGAGAAAUAGUUGUUUUUAACAUCGAUGGUCGUGAAAUUCCAAUUGUGCACCGUGUGAUUAAGGUCCACGAACGUCAGGACACUGCAGAAGUUGACAUCCUCACAAAAGGUGACAAUAAUUUUGGGGAUGACCGACUUUUAUAUGCACACGGUCAGCUUUGGCUCCGGCAACAUCACAUCAUGGGACGUGCUGUAGGCUUUCUUCCAUAUGUCGGCUGGGUUACAAUUGUCAUGACUGAGAAGCCAAUUAUUAAGUACCUGCUGAUGGGUGCACUGGGCUUGCUGGUCAUAACAUCGAAGGAUUAAAGAUGCCAACCUCAUCAUAUAACUUUCUCUUACGGUGUCAAUUGUCAUGCCGGAGCAAACUUUCUGAGAUUUUGACAUGAUGAAGUCGACAGGUUUCCAUGUCAUCUGUUUGCCUCAAUCUGACCGGUCAAGAGUGUCACUUGCAAGGUGCUCGAUCAUCUGCCGGUGCCAGAAUCAACAUGAUGUUGAGAUCCAAUUUGGGAGUUCUGACUCGUGGUUUGAAUUCCAAACUGUUCUGCAGGUUUCAUUUUCGUUUCAUCCCAUGGUCUCUGGUUGUCACUGCUGGGGCGGCACUUUUGGGUCGCCGUUUUGCUGUACUUUUGCAGUACCAGGGUUACUGGACCAGCCGUCCUGCAUUGGUGUUUGGUCUCUGGUGACGGUGACAGUCUUUCAGUAGCUGGCUAAUCUUUGUAGGUUUGAUAGAGCUUUGACCUCCUUAAUUUUCCAUGGAACUUUUAUUGUCAAAAGUGGUUAGGUUGUUGCCAGAAUGGUUUGGAUUAAUUGGUCCAUUUCUCUUCUAAGCUAAGGUCAAAUCCUCUGAAUGGAGGGUGCAUUGUUUGGAUAAAUAGGAGUGCAGCUGCAUAUAUUAUUGUUUUUUUUGUGAUGGAGAGAUUUUGUUAUGCGAACUAGAACAAUCAAGUUCAACUUUAUGUGUCUGCCCUUCAA